AUGCCUCGUCAACGCCGUGGUGCCGCUCCUGCCGCUACUCCUGCGCGCAGCGCUCCUACUCGCCCUACCGCUCCUGCUCAGCCGGCUCGUGCGCCGUACGGCCAACAGCAACAGCAGCCUCACUCAACCGCUGCUCACCCUCCUACUGCCGCCCAGGCUCCUGCAGCUCCUGCUCCCGUCCAGCAGAGCUCUGGCCCCGGUCUUUUCGGUCAGAUGGCUUCCACCGCUGCUGGUGUAGCUGUUGGUUCUUCCAUCGGCCACGCCAUCGGUGGUUUCUUCUCUGGCGGUGGCUCCAGCGCUCCCGCUGAGUCUCAGCAGCAGGCUCCCCCGGCCCAGUCCCAGCCUAUGGACAACGGUUUGUGGCAAAGCAGUGCCACAAACAGCUCUUGGGAGAACCCUGCCUGCGAGACUGACAUCCGUAACUUCCGCAAGUGCAUGGAUGACAACCAGGGCAACAUGUCCAUCUGCGGCUGGUACCUGGAUCAGCUGAAAGCUUGCCAGGCUGCUGCUAAGCCCUACUAG